AUGGCAUCUGCAGCUAAUUUCUUCGUUUGUUUAUCAUCAUUUAUGCUUCUUCUUAUUCUGCUUUCAAGGGGAAGCAAUGGAGCAAGAAUGGAGGCUGGAGGAGAAGAAUACUGGAGAGAUAUGACUACCAAAGAUGGACCAUUUCCUCAAGCCCUUACAGGAAAAAUUAGAAAGACCAUGUUCACCAAUGACUUUGAGCCGAGGCCUGACCUAUCAACUUAUCCCGAAAAAUUGCAGAUUGUUAAGGACUUUGAGCCGAGGCCAGACCUAUCAGCUUAUCCUGAAAAAAAGCAGUUUGUUAAGGAGUUUGAGCCGAGGCCAGACCUAUCAACUUAUCCCCAAAAAAUGAAAUUUGUUACAGACUUUGAGUCUAGGCCAGACCUAUCAGGUUGUCCAGAAAAAAUGCAGUUUGUUAAGGACUUUGAGCCAAGGCCAGACCUAUCAGCCUAUCCCGAAAAACUGCAGUUUGUUAAGGACUUUGAGCCGAGGACAGACCUAUUAGCCUACCCUGAAAAAAUGGAGUUUGUUAAGGAAUUUGAGCCGAGGCCAGACCUAUCAACUUAUCCCUCUGCAUCGGAGGUGUGA